CACAUCACAUAUAAUCAAAUGUCCAGAUUGCUUAUACGGUUGCAAGCGCAGUAUAAAAGACUAGCCUUUGAGUUAGCGAACGUUGAUCUGCAAAGCCAAGAAGCUUUUGAAUUGGCUAGGAAGGGUUUACCGCGACCAAAAGUGCUCAGUGCUCCGGUGAUUUAUUUCAUCAAAUUGAUGCAUUUCGAUUCGCCUCAUUUCACACUCAAACACAUCACAUAUAAUCAAAUGUCGAGAUUGCUUAUACGGUUGCAAGCGCAAUAUAAAAGACUAGCGUUUGAGUUGGCGAAUGUUGAUCUGCAAAGCCAAGAAGCUUUUGAAUUGGCUAGGAAGGGUCUGCCGCGGCCAAAAGUGCUCAGUGCACCGGUGAUUUAUUUCAUCAAAUUGAUGCAUUUCGAUUUGCCUCAUUUCACAAUCAGUUCUGUGGCGUCUUGCCGGCAAUUACUUCGGAAGCGGUUGGGACCGUUUGACGGGUCGCAUUCUCUGCUGGAUAAACACUUUACGCUAAAAAAUAUUCUCAAAAAUAUGCGGUUUUGUCAAAAAUUGGUUGAUUCGGACGAGAAAACGUUGGACAAAGAUGUGGUAAAAGCAGUGCCACAGGUGCCCAUGAAUGAUGUACUCAGUGAUGAAUUUGUUGAGUCACUUGGUGAUGAAGAUGACUGUGAAGUGAUCGAUGACUGUUUAAGGAUGCCGUGGGGUCGAAGUUAUGCUUAG